AUGGCGGUGCUGAAUCUUCCGAUAACGCUAUCGGAGGUGGUGCUGGUUGGUUACUUAGAUUCUGAUGAUGAUGAAGAUGACAUAUUCAAUGAUGUGGAGAAUCCGGUGGAUCAUCCGGUGUCGGACUAUAACAUCAUGAUCGACACGCUUCCGUCUAGUAUAAUAAACGAUCUGCAUGAAAUCGCAAAAAGGAUGGUCGCUACCGGCUACGGAAAAGAAUGCUCGCUUGCUUACAGCACCUGCUGGAGGGAGUUUCUGGAAGAAAGCCUCUCGAGAUUUGGUUUUUUAGGGUUACAUAAUUCGAGUAAACCUCUAGAAGAUGCCGACAACGAUGUUGAAAUCAAGAAAUGGGUCAAAUCAAUUAACAUGGAUGUUCGAGUUUUUUACCCUAGCUUGCGACGCCUUUGCGAAUGA